AUGACAUCGGCCAGCAGCAAAAUAUCCCCCGUGAUGAUGGUCCCGCGACGCCGACGCUGCGUGAUCCUUGUUGCAGCCGUUUGUUUGCUGAACUUGGUGAUUGUCAGUUUGGUGGGGGCAGGAACUCAGAUGAAUGUGUUGAACGACGUUACUGGCCUAAUCCGCGCCACUUCGUCCUCAACAGACCCGGACGAAUUCAUAAAGUCGUUUGAGGAGCAGCUGGAUGUGUUGGACAUCUCGCAAGACUAUGAAAAGUACUGGAAAUUCUCCACUGCAUUCAACAACCCGGUUGCAACCUUCGAUCCUUCAGACUAUAAAACUACCCGCGAAUCCCGCUUGCUGUAUGACCCAAGAAUCACGAUGUCUGUGUACCUAAGCCAUAUUCGCAAACAACUCCUGGAGCAGGGCGGCGGGAAUGCUGCCCUAGCCAAGAUAGCAGUUCCGUUUUCCUGGCAAGACUGGGUCGAUCUGUCGGUUCUGAAUCGAUAUCUAGAGCUACCCGAAGACCAGCGUCCGACCUGCGACGACAUUCUCUACCAGGGCCCAGCAUACGACCCUCAACACAAGUUCAAAAACCCAAAUAAAAACAUAGACAGCGCCUGUGUUGAUAACGAUAGGUACACCGGCCACACCAGCCGUGCUCUUCUGCCGGGAUUCAACUUCAAAGACCGGACGGGAAAAAAAUCUUUUCGCGACAAACUCAUACAUGCCAAGUCGUAUCUGCUCUCGUAUGCGCCCGUGCCGACUUCCAUCGUGUUUCUUACGGAAAAAGGCUCGUACGAGGUGAGCAUCUUUGGAGACUCCAACAUGCUGGACAGCGGUUUGUUCGAUGAGUUUAUCGAGUCUCAGGCCAAUGAUACUGUUGUGGCCGACGCUUCUUUGGAGAACGAGAUGCUGGUCAACUCUGUUGCUCCUUCAAAAAGCGAGCUCGAUUUCGAUUCGAUGUUCACGGCAGAGCAAAACUAUGAGUUUGUUAUUCCUCCUGACCGAUUCAUUUACUCGUAUGACCAGAUCAUCGAGGACUAUGAAAAACGCAUAGAUGAGCUUGACGAAAAGGAACUGCGUCACUUGCAGACCCUGAGAUACUCCAAGUCCAUUCCUUCGACCAAGCUGCAAAAAUCUUUCAGGGAGGUGAACAUCAUUUGGCCAGCUACAUACAACGGCCACAAGGUGACCGAAAAUGGAGGCCAUUAUGACUUCCGCUUCUUCAACGGCUUUGUGACAGAGUCCAAGCUCAACGAGUACGACGACGUGAACGAAAAGCGCAAGAUCAUACUUCACAGGAUUAUUCACACAUGGUUGCAGUUCACCUACAAGGAGGGUAUCGUGUCCUUCCUGGCUCACGGAACGCUUCUGAGCUGGUACUGGAACGCACUAGUGUUCGAAUGGGAUAACGACAUCGACGUCCAGAUGCCGAUAAUGGAUUUCGAUCGGUUUUGCAUGAAGUACAACAACUCGCUUAUUGUCGAGGAUGUCCAGCACGGAUACGGCAAAUACUACGUUGACUGUGGAUCUUAUCCGACUCACAGAACAAAAGGAAACGGCAGAAAUAAUAUAGAUGCGAGAUUCAUCGACGUGGACAGCGGGAUGUACAUAGAUAUCACCGGCUUGGCACUCACGGAUACGAAUAAGCUACCUCCGAGAUUGGAGAAACUGGACCGCGAGAGACAGGCCAAGAAGGAACAGGAGAAAACCAAGGAUGCCCAACUAGCAGAGCCAACAGAUAGCCUUACAGACACAGAUAUUUCUCAGAAGGUGAAGCGUGCUCCUCCUGUCAAAUCAAACAGAGGUCCAGAGAGCUCCUCUGAGGCCUUGGAGAGAAAUAAAGAACUACAGAUAUACAACUGCAGAAACAACCAUUUCUACACAUAUUCCGAGCUGUCGCCACUGAAGUUGUCGAUGAUGGAAGGCUCUCCGUGUCUCGUUCCGCACGAUUUCACUACAGUGCUCAAUUCGGAGUAUAACGGAGGCCUUCGAAAGAAACAUUUCAACAACCACCUAUUCAUGGAUGAGUUGAGAUUCUGGGUUUCCACAGCCACGCUCCAGCAGCAGGUGUAUGCACUGAGUGGCCAGCAUGUCAAGAGCGUGGCCUUGAGAAAGUUUUACAAUUCUCACAAGCUGCCUAUGCUUCUAAGAAUGCUAGGUACAGAUGAAUUGCUCAAGGAGUUCUAUAUAACUCACAAAACCACCAAGAUGCACAUGGAGGAGCUCGCGCUUAUGAACGAGCUCACAGACCUGCAAAAAAAGGAGCGCUACUACAGUCUCAUGGAAGAAUAUAAACGUACGCAUGAUCCUAUGAGAAAAAGCUUACACGGAUAUACAUCGGAGGUUGUUGCUCUUGGUGGAUACCAUCCUCAAGAAGACGCUGCUGUGUCUACGAUGUCUGAGACGUCCGAGGAGCUGGAUAAAGUAGUGAUCACAGGAAAAAGUCAAUCGAACGCAGGUGCUAGACGGAUUCAAAAAGUUCAAACCUGA